CGUUGGCCGGCCAGCUAGCUAACCCAGCUAGGCUAACAAUUGUUGGAAAUAUUUUUCAGAGUUAGCCAGUAAGCUAACACGCUAGCUCUGUCGGCUCACAAUAAACAAAGACACCGAGCAGCACAGUUAACACCUACAUUAACUUAGCUAGUUAAAUACGAACAAUGCGGAUACCAUAUAACACGGAGGAAAUGAAGACUCACUUUGUUUUGUUGGCAUUUGCGAUUAACUUUGGUCAGAUGUUUAGCUACUCAACUAGUGCCGCUUUAGCGAAUAUUAAAAUUAACCUUGCUUUUUCAGAAUGGUUUGCUGACAUUAGCUGUCGUUGAUAGGACAGGUUAAUCAAAGUAGAGACAGACUAUCUUAAUAUUUUAUAGUAACAACAAUCAGCUGAGGCUGAAGUAAAUGUUGCUAGCCUGCCGGCCUUAACAAAGGUAUGAACGUCUGUCUCUCUUCGCUGAUUUCAGUGCAAGUUAACGCUGCAGUGUGAUAGUUAAAUAACCUCACUCCCUCUUGGUGGCAUUUAGAGUUUUUGUUUCUAUGUAAGUUGAAUCAUUUUACACUAAGCUAGCAAAGUCACUCGUGCACUCUGUUUUGAGUCAGAAGGGCGAUUUAAAAAGUGCCUUGUCUAAAUAUGGUCAGUUCUCCUGUUAUGAUCCGACUGUUUACAAACUACUCUGAGCUUUACGUUUGUGGGAGAUGGCCGUGUUUAGGUACUGUAUGCUGUGUUUGGGCCGUGAUGUAUGCGCACUGUGAUGGCGAAUAAGUGACUUUUGGCAGAAUACAGUUCAGCCGGAGAGGACUGUAGCUGUGCAGCAGGGCUGAAAGAUGUGCGAUGGGAUGGUAGCGUGUGACACGCCAGUUUGGGGCACACGCUCACACGCUCUGGUUGCUGUGGCACUGCAGCUGUUCCUCUUGCUCACCACGAUCCCUACAGCCCAAGCCUCAGGCUGCUCCAGACCCUCAACUGUGCAACAUGGCCGUGGGAACCUUACAGAGACCAACCGAGGCUUCCUACCCAUCGGCACAGUGCUGCAGUACAGCUGUGAUUCAGGAUACACCCUGAGUGGUGAGGGCAUCAUCACAUGCAUCGCUCCAGGCCAUUGGUCUCCCAGCCCUCCACACUGCCUCAAAAAUGACGUUUGUCGUCCACCCAGUGAGCCAGAGAAUGGGGGCUAUGUGUGCCACCCUACGCCCUGCCCCAAACUGAUUGAAGGGACAGUAAUCGAGUACUUCUGUGACGAGGGCUACACACUGAAAGGCUACAGGUACCACACCUGCAGGAACGGGGACUGGGACUCAGCCACGCCUAUUGUCUGUCACCUUGGACAAGGAAAAGAGGAACGCUCUCCACUGGGUAUGCCGGCUCUCUCUAUUGUGGCUUCCACUGCUAGUUCAGUGGCCCUCAUCCUCCUGUUGGUGGUCCUCUUUGUCCUGCUGCAGCCCAAACUCAAGUCCUUCCAUCACAGCAGACGUGAGCAGGGCGUGUCUGGCCAGCCUGCCUCCAUGGUGGUCGAGGGUGUGCAGGUGUCUCUGCCCUCCUAUGAGGAGGCUGUGUAUGGCAGCGCUGGAGCGGCCGCACCUCCCCUGGAGUCCCGUGUGCAGAUUGUGCUCUCUGAGGGUCCGCAGCCAGAGGCUGCUGCAGCAACGCUGGAUCAGUCCCGAGCUGAGUACAGUCUGCCCUCCACGUCCUCCUCUUCCGCACGCUCCCGCCACGCCGAGACCGUGCUCGUUCACCAGGUGCCAUCCUCCUCCUCCCCUCCGUCCUGGGCCGCUGAGCAGCCCGGGGCCGCAGCAGCUGCAGCCCGCAGGCCGAGCAGCGGAAGCAGCGACCAGCACAGCCUGCUCUCCCUCACAUCCACUGAGGACUAUGGCGAUGAUAUACCAUUGCUGAAGGAGGCCUGAGAGCACAUGCAGUGUCCUCCUCUCUGUGGAUGAUGACCAGGACUGUGGCUCUUUAAGCUUUUUACCAAACCCUUCCCCCACUGCUGCCCUACAGAAUGCAGGAAUAACCAAAUGCCUGUCAGUUGCCCUUUGACUGUACACUCUCUGGCCCUGGUAUUUGAGCUGUGAUUUACUGGUCAUGUACAGGGGUGCCCAGAUAUGCUCCCUCAAAUUGUUGCAGAGAUGCUAUAUAAAACCUAGGAUUAUGUAUAUUGCAUACAUAAUAUGAGCUGAAUAACAUAACUCAGUUGUAAACUACACCUUUUCCCAAUGGUGUACUAAUAAGCAGUUGCACUCACAAAGGCUUACCUUGUCACAGUCGUAAGGAAUUGCUAAUUAUGAAUGCAUUCAAUUUCUAUGCUAUGUAAGAGGUGGUGAAUGGAGCUUUGUUCCAUUACUGACUGUGACCUCUUACGAAGGGGUUUGUUUCGCAAAGAUAUGCUAGAUCAGACCCUUAUCAUUUUUAAAAUGCUGCAUGUUAUUUGCAUCUUUUUCAUCUCAACCCACCUCCACCCCAAAAAGAAAAAAUUUGCGCACACCACAGAAAACGCAUGACAACACACGUCAUCUCCACGCUCAAUGGUAAGACACAGGGAUGAACUGGUUUACAUAGUACUGUAUUCCAAAACACGCUUGCCUUUUUUGUUUGUAUUUAGCUUCAUCCUACCGGUUGGACUGUUGUUGUUGAAGGGCGCUCCAAAGUGACUAGUCUUAUUUCCAUUUUCCUAUUAACUCAACAUAGGACAUUUAUUUUUUACCGUCUGUUUUUGGAAUGGGUGUCCUCAAACCAAGAUGUCUUUAGUUUGUUUGCUUUUAAGUGUUUUUUGAAUAUUUCAUUUCUGUCUGAUUUAGGGAAUUAAAUUAAACUUAGGGAAUUAAAUUAAACACGAUUGCACCUUCACAAUACUAAAUCUAGCAAGACUAGGUCAUCUGGACCCAGAAUCCUGAAGAAAAAAUAUAGAGCAGAGCUGCAUCUGUCUUGCAGGCAGGUUUUGUAUCCCACCCUCAAACUGUACACUGUAAAUCCAAAUGUUUUUUAUAACACCAUGUUAACAUCAUUGUUGAAGAAGAGAAUAAACACCUGGGGCAGCUUCCUGAACCCAGAUUAAGUUUAAGGCUAGAGUAAAAAGAAGUUCCAGUUAUGAAUCACCAUUGACUCAUUAAUUAUGUCCACAACUAGGAUUAAUCCAUGUCGGGGGAAAAUUGACCCAGUCAAGCCUUCCCCAGUUUGUUUAAUGAUGAUUAAUUGUUUUUAUAUUAAAAUUGCCAUUUGAGUGCAAUUUUUAUAUAACUAGAGAUGCAUUUUUAAUUAUAUCUUAAAUUAUUCAAUGUUGUCCUAACAAAUUUGUACCUUAUAAAUUGGCAGUCUGGCACACAACAUUCAGCAUUUCAGCCUGAAGUCUGAAAAAAUGGAUGUACUGGUCUUGGUCUUCUUGUCAUUUUACUUAUGUUUAUUUUGCUUUCCUGUAUCCUUACAUUAUAAUUGAAUUACACUUGCCUGCCUCUAAAACGACUUCUGAUUUUUGAUUGUCACCAUGCAGCAGCGGGGUGGGAAAAAUAAUAUAACCAAUAAUAUCAUGUUUCAUCUUUUUCUUCUACCACCCUCCCCCAUCAUUGAGAGGAAACUCUCAUCUAGCUCAGAGACCCUCACUGAUGCAGUGUUUCACUCAGAAAGUACAUUAUGAUUUCCAUGUCAUGAUUAAAAUCUAAACCUUUGGAUUUACAGUGUAGUGUAUACAAAGCACCUCAUGGAGCUUGCUUGUAAUUCACUCACAUUUAGCAACCUGAAGAUUCUCCACAAGGGGGUGCCAUUAGCAGUCAAAUAGCUUUUGAUGCUUCAUAAGUUCUUCACAUCAAUAACAGUGUCCCCUUGUUUCUUUGUGACCAUUUACCACUGAUCCACACCAUGUGGAUUACCAUAUGAUUCACGGGUGAUGAACUUGUCUGAAAUCAUGCGUCCUAAUAUUUUCUUUCAGUUUUACCUGGUUUCAGAAGGGCAACAGUUUGUGUGAAGUGUGAAUGGACAUCCUCCAGUUUCCUGGCUCUUUUCUUUUAAACAUAUUUGCUGUUUUUUGUCAAAAUGUCUAACUGAAGACAAAACAGAGCUGUCGCCUUAAGACUUUUCAUAAAUUACAUUUCAUAAUCUUGUAAUCAUGUUUCUUCCGUCUCACGUGCUUCACAGUAUUGAUAAUGUCUUCAGUUUCCUUAUGGCCUUACUUUUUAUUUUCUAUGCAUAAACACUGUUUUGUGGGUUUUCAGAGGUAUAGGGUUCUCUUUAUUUUCACAGGACAUGACAACAAGAAUGUCCAUUCUUUCUCCCCUAAAGCUUUUCUUUGUGACUGUAAUAGCUGUAAUAUCUACAUCACAGCAUCUAAGUUCUAAUUUCUGUUUUUGCAACUGCUGUACUUUAUAAAGAGAAGUCCUUGUUUUGUCCCUCAGCACCAUUGAAUGGUGUUUGCCAUCUCAUUUUCCCCUUUUCAGCUGUUUUGUUUUUUCUCCUCUGUACAUUGCAGUGGGUGUGAAGAUAGUAUUUUAAUAUUUGUAUAAAGUUUAAUUUAAUUCUACAGUGUGUGUAUAUAACUAUUUCUAAUUAAAGCUUUCUUUUGAAGUGC